CAUGUUCAGCUGGUGCCGAGACAAACUCGGUUCGUCGAACUGAACCAGUGCGCUCGUAUAGUCUCUUAAAAAAGACUUUCAUUUGAAAACCGAGAAGAAAGCGGCAAUAGUCAUGUUUGUCCAUUUUGAGACGCGGUAACCUGUACUUUCUCAAAAUAGUCAGAAGUGAUUCUAACAUAACUCAAGAAAUCUGUCAUUCAUUUUGAUGUUUUUGCGCAAUUUUACAUCUAACUAAGUAUAGUGCAGUAUUUUUCAAUGAAAACGAGUCGUCUCCAGUUGGACGACAACAAAGACCUUAUUGUAGAGUCCUACUGUUGACCAAUCACCGAGGAAGGGGUGUACAUAGACUUCGGCUCUGAACUUUGCAUUGCCUCCAGAAAAUGUUUUGUGUGCCCGAACAUCCGAUAAACCCUUGCCGACGUCCAAAACGUCAGAAAAUGUCGUCAUAAUAUAUGCACGAACUUUCCCGGCUGGGAAUUGUGUGGACGCCUUCGUUAUUAUUAUUAUAGGCUAUGGUCAGCGGUGAAAAUGGGUAUUGUCUCUAAACCUGAAGUCAAAGCCGCAGUUUGGGUGCAUUUUGGUUUUAAGCCAAACGGCAAAGGAGAGCCUCAUACUCUUGAUGAGACCGUUUACAGGUUAUGUCGGAUUGUUUGUGUCAAAAGUGGAAACACGAGUAAUCUAAAACAUCCUACUGUUUUUCUGAGUUUAUAUCGGCAAUGGGAUACUACUUCUCUGAUCCAUCAUGUGAGUCUGCUCUGCUGUUCAGAGCAGAGUCACCACUACAACAACGACAACGGCUCCCAAGGCAACUUCGGCAGUGGCCAUGGUAACUUCGGUGGUGGCCACGGUAAUGACAGACCGCUUCACUUCAUCCCAGACAUGGUGGUCUGCGGUGAGCCAUGGUUGGAGGGCGGUGACCCCCGUGCGGUGGGUUCCAUCCCCCCGUGCCUCAGCCUGCGGAGGUGGGGCAGUGGGCCUGUGCCUGGGGGGUCAGCGGAGGAGGAAGAGACUGGGGUGUUUGCCAAGACCCUGUCACUGCAUCAGGGGUGGACGUUUGGACCCUUUGUAGGAGAGUUGACCCGCGGCCCUCUGAGUUGCCUCAAAUACGCCUGGGCUAUCAAAGAAAAUGAUUCCUACUACUUUGUAGAUGCCUCGGAUGAAAACAAAUCAAACUGGAUGAGGUAUGUAGCGUGUGCUGCCUGCGAGGAAGAACACAACCUGACGGUGUUCCAGUACCGCGGUCAGAUCUUCUACAGGGUCUCCCAGCCCAUCCCUGAGGGGACAGAACUCAAGGUCUGGAUUGGCCAGGAGUACGCUGCCAUGCUGGGUCUAGGGAUCGGCGAGAACAUCAAGUGUGAAUUCGGGGACAAGGAAAUCCUCCUGCGGAUCUUCCGUGACAUCCAGGUCGUGCCAGUGGGCGGAGCUAGCAGUCUCCCAGACGCCAAUGGCUCUUACAGCUGGUCAGACAACAGCCAAUCAGGGAGCCCCCUGCCAGUCAUCAGUGAUGUCAGUAGCGGGUUACAGACGGAUACCACUGACCCCACCCCUGUCCUCAACCCACCUCAAAACACCAAUCAGACGGGACUGGCAACAACCGUGAAGUACGACUUUGUAAAGGGUGCUGAGAUACUGUUGAGCCCCUCUCAGCCCAACAGCCCCGUAUGGGAGUUCUUUGGGUUUGAGCCGGACCCCAACGGCCAGCCGCUGGACAAGGACAAAGUCAUGUGCAAGCUGUGUGGUCAACAGGUGGACUACAGUGCUACGGUCACCCACCUGGAGAACCACCUGGUCCAGAUGCACCAUAUGAAGCGUCGGGACGUCAUCAAGGACGGCAACAAGCCCUGUGUUUGGUCCUCGCGCUCCAGGCCUUACCCCACUACGGGCGGCAGAGCAGCUCGUUCUAGCAGCCCCUCAACCCACAGACCCACCAACAGCAACUACAGUAAUGAGGACUGGACUUGGAGUGGGAACGGCAGCACAGCAGUGACCGAUACUGUGACCGCGGUUUCCACCGCUACACCGGGACAGAGGACGCUCUCUAACCUCCUGACCAAUCAAACCACCACAGCCAUCACUAACUUCCUCAUCAAAGACUUGUUGCCCCCGGAUACAGUGGAGGGGGAGGGCUUCAAGCAGCUGAUCCAGACCCUGCUGCCGUCCUGCAAGGAGAUUCCUUCAGCAUCUCUACUGGAGGAGGUGCUGAGGGACGUCCACACAGAGGGAAGAAAGACCUGGGCCAAGCUGCUGACCAACAGCACUGGGUUCAAUGAGGAAGACACUUCCAUGCCUAAUAUUCCAGUUCAAUUCAAACCCAGCUCCUCAACAAGAAAAGCUGCCCGUUUCCGCUCACAGAUCCAGAACCAAGUAUCUCACCACGUAGCUGUUAGUGCUGACGUGUGGUGUCAUGACUGGCAGGGAGACCAGGAGAGAUACGCCACCCUGUGGGCCCAUUUCAUCAACGCUGACUUGACUUCCCAUAACCUGGCUUUGGCCACGCAGCGUCUGGGUGAGACGGGAACUGGGGAUAUGGAUGUGAGCGUGGUCGAGGCUACAGUGAGGUCCAUGGCUCAGGAGUGGGACAUCUCUCAGCCCAGUUUCAUCCUGCUUGGGGGCGAAGAGAUGGAAAAGACCAAGGUAGGUGCGAAGAAGAGAGAGAGAAGUGGAGAAGGGGUUGGAGGUGCCCGUCACCACCACCCGAACUCCACCACAUUCCUGGAGAUGGAGGACUCCAUAUCCUCUGAUGAUCUCUCAGGUUUGGAACGAGCGAUCGAACGAGCCAACUCCACCAGCGAGGAGUCCCACUCUCCACCCAUACCCUGUUUCUUCACAGCUGUUCAGAGCUGCAUAGAGGAAGUCAUGAGUCAUUCCAUCAUCUCAAAGACCCUCUGUGUAUUCCAGCACCUUCUCUACAGCCUCUUCUCCCUCCAUGAUAAAGACAUGGUAACUCUUCACCCAGCCAGGAAACUGAUCGUAGUCCUACAGAAGCAGGAGACGGCUGAGCUGAAGGCUUGGGCCUAUGGGAAACCAGGCUGGAAUGGGCUUUACAGUGUGGUUAAGACGCUCCUCCGCUAUCAAAACAUGAUCUCUGAGACACUAAAACAAAUAGACAGUGAGAUCCAAACUGGACAAGACACAGGAAGUCCCACUGACUUGGAUUCGGGGGCGACUGCCGCUUUGAAAACCGCUGACAAACAUGACACAAACUCCACUUCCGCUGGCCGUGCUAACUCUGCCACCACCGACAGCUCCAACUCAUCGGUCCCCGUGCCUCCCAAGCGAUCUGACUGGAAGGUGUUGGAGGAUCUCUCCUCCUUGCUGAAACCCCUAGACGUGGCGUGUCGUACCCUGGCCAAGGAGCCGUUCCCCAGGCUCUCGCUGGUCAAGCCCAUCCUUACCGGCCUGCUCGGCCGACAUUUCGCCCCCCACCCCCGCCAUCGCAACGACUCCACCAUCUUGAAGGAACUCAGAAAGAAGAUAAGGAGGGGCCUUUCCUGCCGAUACAACGACCCCCAGAUCAACCAGGUAUUGUGUGUAGCGUGCGCCCUCGACCCCCAGUUUCACGGCCUGGGCUUCAUGGACGUCAGAGAGCAGGCGACCACCUUCGCCUGGCUGAAGAAAGAAGUGGUCCGGAUCGUAGAGGAGGACCGGAGGAGGGCCGAGGCAGCGUCUCCAGGGGGCAGGAAGAGGAAGAAGAGGGGAUCCUCCUCAGGAGAGAUGGAGGCAGACGUCCUAAGAAGAAGCAAAAGGCUGAAGGAGAUCACCCCGGUCAGUUUCAAAGAGAGAACAGAGAGUGAUUCAGACGAGGAAGCCACCGCUAGCUCUGUGAACGACGACAGUGAGAGUGAUAACAUGGAGCCGAAACUGGAGCCCACCUCCCAGCAGACUGGCAUGGAGUUCCUUCUAGGGGACCUAUUCGGCUCCCAGUCCCAGAACAAGCAGCCCUCAGUGGAAGAGACAGUGGACAUUGAGCUGUCCGUCUUCAGAGCAGAGAAGGGGGCCACCCUGGGCGUGGAGCCUUUACAGUGGUGGAAGGCUAGGUCAGGACAGCUCCCCCUGCUGGCCAAAGUGGCACGUGCCUACCUAGCUGCCCCGGCUGUCGCAGGCAGUGCCGUCCAGAUGUUCCUGCAGGAUGGAGGAGGGGUGAUGCAGAGGAAGAGAACCAAUAUUCCUCCAGAGGGCCUUGACCAGAUGCUGUUUCUGCACCAUAACGGUCUGACCGCGACCACACAGGGUUACACAACGGUCUGACCGCGACCACACAGGGUUACACAACGGUCUGACCGCGACCACACAGGGUUACACAACGGUCUGAGCGGAUGAACACAACUUGCUGACUAUCACUCAAUACAUAGAUUUAACUAUGGGGCUUCUCUCUCUCUCCAAGUUGAUGAGAUGGACUUUGUGAAGACUAUCACUCAAUCUCUGAAACUUGAAAGACUUAACCUUUCUUGGUUAAAAUGUUGGACUGUUAUACAUGUUACUGUUGUGUCUUCAGUAUGUAGAUAUAAACUAAAUUCAGCGAGAGAAGUCCCUUUUCGGUUAGUGCCUUAUCAUUCUUUGAACUGUUAGCAUAACUACUGUACACAUGUAUUGUUUAAGUAAAAAAAGUUUUACUGAAUGCAUAUACUGUUGUUUAAGCUAGUUUACCGUCCGAAGUCUGAUGGGACUCCUACUUCUGAACCUAUUCUUUGUUUUAGGAAAAAACUCUAGAUUUAUAUUUUUUACAUUUCAGAAUUUUAUAUAUACAUAUUUGGUUAACCAACAAGGUUGAAUUUUCAUAGUGUCUGUAGGAUUAAUUUAGUUCUCUGAGAAUAACACUAAAAUAUAUUGCAGCUGUACCUUUUUAUAGUCUUAACUGUUUAAUCAAAUGUUCCAAGGCUUAAAUGUUAGAAUAGUAAAGUAACACAUUUGUAAUCCUAAACGUGUUCACAUCAUCAGUUCUUCAUCCUGUGUUUGCAUGUUAGAAUGGCUGUUCUUUAUGAAAGAAAGUAUAUCUGAUCAGUUUGUUUGGUCAUACAAAUAGCAUUUAUCACUGUGUACAUUCUUACUGUCAAUGGCUUUUGGGUAUUUGUAAGUAAACUUUGUUUUAGAGAUA